AUGGUCUUCUAUAUAACCAAUCAAAAGGGUAGCAAUAACAGUCCAAUCCACAAAGUUCAGUUUCAGUAUCAAAGUUCAAGUUUGUAUAAGCCUUUGAGCCAAAAAAGAAAAAUGACAAGUAGCAAGAAAAUAGAGUUAAUCUUCAUUCCUUCUCCAGGAGUUGGUCAUUUAGUGUCCACAGUAGAAAUGACAAAGCUUCUCAUAACUAGAGAAAAACACAUGUCCAUUACAGUCCUCAUCAUGCAAUUACCUCAUGACAACAAGAUCUCUUCGUAUAUCAAAUCAGUCGCCAAUUUCAGUCCGCGUUUGAAAUUCAUUCAACUCCCUCAGGAUGACUCUGUGUUGCAGCUACUUCAGAGCAAUCUUUUCAUCUUGUUUGUUGCUGGUCAUAAGCCUGCAGUUAGAGAUGUUGUUGCUGAAAUUAUCAAGUCACAAUCACAUAUUACACUAGCAGGUAUUGUCAUCGACAUGUUUUGCACCUCUAUGAUAGACGUGGCCAAUGAAUUUGAGCUACCAACCUAUAUAUUCUACACCUGUGGUGCAGCCACUCUCGGUCUUAUGUUCCAUUUACAAAACCUUAGUGAUGAAUUUAACAGAGAUAUUACUAAUUACAAAGAUGAACCUGAAGCAGAACUUUCUAUAUCAACAUAUUUCAAUCCAUUUCCAGCAAAAUGUUUGCCCUCUGGAGUGUUGGACACGGAAGAUGGAGCCACCAUUCUCGAUCUUACACGAAGGUUUCGAGAAACCAAAGGCAUUAUGAUAAACACAUUUGUUGAACUCGAGCCCCAUGCAAUAAAAUCCCUUUCAAGAGACAAGAAUAUACCACCGGUAUACCCUGUCGGACCCGUGUUGAACCUUAAUAACGUUCAAGGUGACAACUUGAGUUCAUCAGACCAGAAUAUUAAGAAAUGGUUAGAUGAUCAACCCCCUUCAUCUGUAGCGUUCCUCUGUUUUGGUAGCGGAGGAAGUUUCGAAAAAGAGCAAGUUAAGGAAAUAGCUUAUGCUCUGGAGAAUAGUGGGUGUCGGUUUUUGUGGUCAUUGAGGCAACCACCACAGAAAGAUGCAAAGCUUCCAAGUGACUAUGAAAAUCUUGAAGAAGUAUUGCCAGAAGGGUUCUUGCAAAGAACACAAGGGAUUGGAAAGGUGAUAGGAUGGGCACCUCAGUUGGCAAUUUUAUCUCACAAAGCAGUGGGAGGCUUUGUGUCACAUUGUGGAUGGAACUCGAGUUUGGAAAGCAUUUAUUUUGGAGUGCCAAUGGCUACUUGGCCAAUGUACGCAGAGCAGCAAGCGAAUGCAUUUCAAUUGGUUAAGGAUUUGGGAAUGGCAGUCGAGAUUAAAUUGGAUUACAGAAAGGAUCCGAAAGUGACGAUGGGCCAAGAAUUUAUAGUGAAAGCAGAGGAGAUUGAGAAAGCAAUAAGGGAACUUAUGGACCCGGAAAAUAAAAUCCGAAUUAAAGUAAAAGAGAUGAAGGAGAAGAGUAGAGCAGCAACCAUGGAAGGUGGCUCUUCUUACACGUCUAUUGGAGGUUUCAUCCAGAGUAUCAUGGAGAAUACUCGAUGAUUAGCCGUUUUUUCUGGCUAAUAGCACUGGAUAUAUGACAGUAUAAUAAUACAAUUUAUGUGCAUUUUGUAGUUUGAUCGAUAUAGUUGGUUAUGCACCCUCGUUCUAAGUUAUUAGUAAAGGUUUUGCCUAUGCUGAGCACAACCCAAAAUUGUGUUGGUUGUUGUAAUAUCUUUUCUUAAUCUCAAUUUGUUUCAUGUGACAUCAAA